ACCCCUAAGCUUUGUACAUCUGCCCAAUUUCCUCACACUAUAAGCGUUGUACUUAUUAUUGUUCUCAAUAUGAUAAAGAUAGAUUACGAGAAAGUAAUAUAUGCAUAUCUUUGCUUUAUGUUAUCAAAAAAAAAAAAAACAUCAAGGAAAACUAUCACUUUUAGGAGUCAAGCAAGGCUUCUUUAGUUUAGGCAUCUCCCUGGUUUACCUUAAGUGAAAUAAAAAGACAGUUCUGCUUCCUCUGUAAGCUUGGACAUGAAGAGAGUUAUUGAGAAUUUUUAACACCGCUCUCCACACAACAUGAUACAGGAACUAAUUCCAUGYCAAUAAUAAUCAAGCACAGUCCAACRCUGCCAUACUCUAUAAGCUGCUUCACGACUACUUUGUGGCGUAAUUCGUAAUUAAUGUUCCAAAAAGAGACACAAGGUUAAUGAUUACAAUUUCCUUCACCUUCAUUAUUUUGGAUUACUAAAAUGUCAUUAAAAUAAAUAAUUGUUUAUAAUGAACAAGCACAUUAUUCACUCUCAUCUGUAGUCUGCAGUGAUAGUGAAAAUAAAUUGCAGCUGUAAGCCAAUCAGAAUUUAGAGUGUGAAUAAAUAAGUUGUUUGUACUGAAGCUCAUCAUAUAAAUUUGUAUUAUAAAAGAAAGAUAUGUUACAACGUCCAUAUAUGAACUCGGUCUGAUCCCAACAAUUAUUUUGAUCAUCUUAWRUUAAUUCAGGCCGUAAUUGCUGYGAACUCUUAUUAAGUGUAUCUAUCUGUUGCAAAGAUUUGGCCUUGUGCCCAMCUCGAGUGGAGUUUGKGAAAUGCCUAUCAUUUCCCCAGGGAAUCUCAUCAUCAAAUCAUAGUCAUUCCUUAGAUAUUCACUAUGUCUUCUGARCGAAGGUCGCUUAAGCUAAGACAACACACCGUUUGGCAAGACAAAAAACUUGGUGAAGGUGCUUUUGGAGAGGUUUUUGAGGCGAGAGACCAAAGUUCUGGCCAUCUCUAUGCUCUGAAGAAAAUUGGUGUAUCGUUUCUAGACAAUGAAUAUCUUGGAGAAAUUGAGACGCUAUCAAAGUGUACAAAGCACCAACAUAUUGUUACYUUGUAYGAUGUCGGCUUCAAAUCGAAAUUCUUUGGCCUCUUCACUUCGAAUGUCCUUAUCCUCAUGGAGUACUGCUCUGGUGGAAACCUCAAUAGACGAUUAGCGAGGKCAGACAUMACCGAAGAUCUUAAACUACGAUGGAUGAGCGAGCUGGCAGACGCCAUACGUUUCCUUCACUCACAAGACAUCGUCCAUCGUGAUUUAAAACCAGAAAAUGUCCUUUUGACGUCGACAGAUUCGAUCAAAUUGAGCGAUUUUGGCCUAGCACGAGAGUUAUCAGCCUUAAAGCAAGGUAGUGGCGUUGCUUCAGAUAAAGCUUUUGUGUCCUACAUGACAAAUGGUUACAUGGGUCAAGUAGCUGGAACACCGCUAUGGAUGGCGCCUGAAGUUUUUAAUGGACACUAUAAAGAAAGAGCCGAUAUUUUUUCUCUCGGUGCCAUCUUCUACGCUAUUCAAACACUAAGCUAUGAAAUCUUCAAAGGUGAGAAAUAUUUCGUGGGAAUGAUUACUGUAAAUGGCGAGAAGCAUGGCUUUGGGAAGGCACUCCAGUUGGAUCCAAACACAGAGCUUCCUUUAAGCAGCGUUACUCCAUGGCGAAGGAGAGAGUUAAUAGAAGGUAUGCUCCGCUACAACUACAAACAACGGUUCAGUGCCGACCAAAUCUACAACGCUAUUCAACGCAUAAAAAAAGGCGAGAAGUAUGCAUUAACAGGAGCAUUGCCAGCWGUAUUUACCAUUUGUGGGGUUGCCGUCAUCCUUGUAGGAAUAUUUCACUGGUUAGUUAUGGCAUCACUCCACACUGAGGGGAAUUCCCCAUUUAGGACGACCUUGGCUUAUUCUACAAAUAUCGAUCACGUGAACAUUUUUAAACUGCGUUAUAAACUUAAACUAAAGUAAUUACUUA